AUGGGAUUCUUUGGUGGAUGGGGAAGAUUGAGAGCUUCAGGAGGGAAGUUCAGCCGCAGGGUGCAGCUGCUAUUUGGCUUCCACGAGCCAGCCGGCGUCAAUCUCUCCACCGGGAUCAAAUUCCAGCUCGUGGAGUUUUCCAGCAACCGGGAGGUGAGGCUGGUCCAGGCCGCGCUGUUCCUCCUGGUCUACCUGGCGGCCCUGACGGGGAACCUCCUCGUCGUCGCCGUCACCGUCCUCGACCGGCGGCUCCGCGCCCCCAUGUACUUCUUCCUCGGCCACCUGUCCGUCCUCGACCUCUGCUACGUCUCCGCCACCGUCCCCCAGUCCGUCCACAACGCCCUGACCGACCGUAGAUCCAUCUCUCUCCCGGGCUGUGUGAUGCAGGUGUUGUCGGUGAUCACGUUCGCCUGCUCGGAGCUGUUCGUCCUCACGGCCAUGUCCUACGACCGCUACGUGGCCAUCUGCCGCCCCCUGAGCUACGAGUCCAUCAUGGCCCCGGGGGCCUGCGGGAAGAUGGCCUCCGCCUCCUGGCUGGUGGGGGUCCUGAUAGGCUCCCUGAACUCGGCCGGCACUUUCUCCCUCCCCUUCUGCGGCCCCACGGACCUCCGGCGGUUCUUCUGCGACGUCCCUUCCCUGCUGAAGAUCUCCUGCUCCGAGAGUCACCUCUUGGAGGACGUCACCUUGAUCUUGGGUUCCCUCCUGGGCUUCCUCUGCCUAGGGUUGAUCGCCGCCUCUUACGCGCGCAUCCUCGGGGCCGUGCUGAGGAUGCCGGCCGCCGAGGGCCGGGCCGGAGCCUUCUCCACCUGCCUGCCCCACCUCGUCGUGGUGGCUCUUUUCGUCUCCACCGUGAUCGUCGCCCACCUCAAGCCGCUCUCGGACCCCCCCUCGACCCCGGACCUGCUGGUGUCCGUGUUCUACGCCGUGGUGCCCCCCGCCCUCAACCCCCUCAUCUACAGCCUGAGGAACCGCGACGUGAAGGCCGCCCUGGAGAAGCUAGUGGGGGGGAUCUUUUCUCCCAAGAGAUAA